UACACAUGAAAAAGUAUUUGAAAUAUAUUCCAACCAAGUUAGACUCCAUUCACAUCAUAGUCAUAAUUGUCUGCAAAUUACAGAUCAUGUUUUUGUCAAUGUGAUUAACUUACAAAAAAAUUGAAAAUUCAACUCGUCAAAAGACUGUGAUGAGCUUUAUGUUUUGAGUAAAAGGCUUGUCUGAGAUAAGUGGCUUUUAUGUUUAACAUGAUUAAUCUAGAACUAACCACUUGUGUGCGUAUUUAUACAGAGGGGAGACUGAUGGAGAUUAUAAAAGUUAUAACAUGAUUGUUUAGUGGAGCUCGUGAGAGAUUAUUAAAACAUACUGAUUAUGAUUACUAGUUAGUGGUUGAUACUUGCCUAUAAAAGAGCGAAGUAAUUAUGUGGCACAAUAACUACUUAUGGUUGAUUUUUUCUUCUAAGUUUUUCAGCUUUGUAAUCUAGUUUUUAACUUCUUAGCUUCAGAUUUUAUUUCUCUAUGCACUCGGAUGAAAACUUAAGCAAGACAGGGCAAGAGUGCAAACAAGGUGUAGAUUAAGAUUAGGAUGGAAGAGUUUUCUGAGUCAAACAAGCUAUUGUGUCAGUCUGUCAGAGACAUGUGAACGAACUCAAAUGGUCUUAGUCUUACAGCAUGACCAUACGAAAUGAAGCUAACUAGUUUUCUUUUUGGAACACUGAAGCUAACUAGUUAUUAAACUAAAAGUCAUAAUGAAUUUUUGUUUUACAGUGUUUACUACGCCUGGACGUUCGGGUCUUUGGAUCGGGUUCAUGCUGGUUUCUUUCGGGUCCGGAUCUUUCAGGUCCUAAACAUUUAGAUCCAAUAGAUACUUAAAAUUUUUUGGUUCGGGUCUAGGUCGGUUUUUCUCGGAUCUGGAUCGCUUCGAGUCUAUAAUUAAAAUACUUAUAAAGUACCCAUAAUUUUAACCCGAGUCGGGUUCGGGUAUUUAGGAUUUGAAAAUGAUAUGACAUACCCAACUCUAUUAAAUUUAGUCUAUAUUUAAUUAUUUAUCAUAUAUAUUUAAUUUUUCUACAAAAUAACUUAAAUGAAACUAUUAAUAAUUAAAAUAAAAUAUUUUUAAACUCUAAAUUUUACAUUUUAAACCUUCAUAUUACUUAAAAAAUAUUACAAAAUAAUAACAAAUGUCGUUAACAAAAGAUAUUUCAACUAAAUAAUAAAAUAAUAUAUAAAAUAGAACACAUAAAAAUCAUAGUUUUGGAUAUACAUGUUUUUAAGUCGGGUACAAAUCGGUUCUUAUCGGAUCGGAUCUAUUUGGUUCGGUUCUUUUCGGGUGCGGGUCUAUUCGGGUCGGUUCUUUUCGGUUCCGGUUCUUUCGGGUAAAAAAAAUUUAGAUCCAAAAGAUAUUUGUAAAUUUUCGGUUCGGUUCUGCGUCAGGUAUUUUAGAGUCGAUUCCGGUUCGGAUUUUCGAGUCCAGGUUAAAAUUCCCAGACCUGUUUACCAUGUUUGACACUACGAGACUGUAAAUUAAUUUUAAUAAUUACAAGUUUACAGCCUUUUCAGUUAUUUGAUUUCUGACCAUUCUUUUUUUACCAACAAGUUUUAAUAUUUUACCUAUUUAUUGCAUUUGGAAUUAUUUAUUCUAGUCAAAAUCUUAUUGCCUAAUUAAACCAGACAUUGUAUUUGGACGAAAAAUUAGGGAAUGAACUAAGGAAAUAUAAAUCAUUUGAUAAUAAUAAUUUUAUGAAAUUAAUGCAAAUUGACCAUCAUUUCCAUAAAAAUAUUGAAAAAUUAUCUGGACAAUACCCCCCAUAAAGUAGGAAAUCUAAUUAAACAAUAUUUUAUAAAAUAAAUAUUUUCCUAAAUUAUAAAGAAAAUUGUGAAAAUAAAUAUUUUUCUUAUAAAAUAACUCUAAGAACCCACAACCUACAGGACUAUACAAAAACCACCUAAAACAAACGGUUAACUUUAUCAAUCCCAUGUUCGUUACAUUUGGGUUUAAAUCUCCAAAGUAACACACUUUUUAUAUUAAUUAGUUUCAACUGGCUCAUAUACUUCCAAUAUUAAUAAACAUCAUUAAAUUAACCUACUAAUAACCACCUUUUCAGUUAAAAUAAAUAAAAUUCUCAGACCAUUUUUAAGUAAUUGACGAUUAAUGAAAAUUUGACCAAUCGCAUAGGCGGUACACUGAUAAUUUGAAAAUAUUGCCACCAUUCAAGUAAAAAACAGAAAAAUAAAGGGGCAAGUUUGGUUAAGACCCAAAAAUUACGGAGAGUUACCAUAAACCCGCCCGUCUCACCAAACUCUCAACGUUCAAAAAAAAGUUGAAUCCUUUUCUUCGCGUCGCAUCGUAAAGAACUAAGAAGAGAAGAGAAGAAAGAGCCUUCUCUCUUGUGGAAUCUGAAGACUUUGAAGUUCCUGGGGUUCAAUCAUACACUGGAGGAAACAAUAAUGGGGAGAAACCUUGGUUCAGCGUUUAGACAAGAGCUGGCUAACCUCGACAAAGAUCCAGACACUAACAAGACUGCAAUGAGCAACUUGAGAACCAUUGUGAAAGACUUGAACCCAAAAGUGAUACAUGUGUUUCUCGCUCAAGUUUCCGAGACCAAAGAGAUUGGCUCCGAGUCCGGUGGCUACACGGUUUCUCUCUUUGAAGACCUUGCUCGUUCUCACGGAGUAAAACUCGCUCCACACGUGGACACCAUCAUGCCGGUUAUUAUAAGGACGUUAAGCUCCUGCGAGGGCUCCUUAGGUGUUCAACAGGCUUGCUCAAAGGCGGUGGCUGCUAUGGCUAGAUACGGGGUUGAUCCUGCAACACCGGAAGACAAGAAGAGGAACGUGAUUCAUUCUCUCUGCAAGCCUCUCUCUGAGUCUCUUCUUGAUACGCAGCACCAGCAGCAUCUUGCUUUGGGGUCUGCUCUCUGCUUGAAGUCGCUUGUGGAUUGUGACAGCUGGCGGUUUGCUUCUAGUGAAGUGGUGAACAGCGUUUGUCAAAGCUUGGCUGUUGCUCUUGAAGCCACUUCUAGUGAGGCUAAGGCUCAUAUGGCGCUUGUGAUAGCUCUAGCUAAGCACAAUCCCUUUAUAGUUGAGGCGUAUGCGAGGCUCUUGGUGAAGUCUGGUUUGAGGAUUUUGGAGUUAGGUGUUGUUGAGGGGGAUUCUCAGAAACGGCUUUUGGCUGUGCAGAUGCUUAACUUUCUGAUGAAGUAUUUGAAUCCGAAGAGUAUUUGCUCUGAGCUGGAGCUUAUAUACAAAGAGAUGGAGAAACACUUGAAAGAUGAGAUGUAUUUUGUGAAAGUGGCGGCUUAUGAGACCAUGAGUACAGCAGAAAGAUUGAUAGGAGAGUCAGCAGAACCAAAGUUCAAUGCAGAAUCAAUCAAGUCUACACCAAGGCUGAGAGCACAUAGUGGGAGUUAUGUUAAUGAACAAGAAGAGGAAGAUGUUUUGUUUAACGGUGUAGCCAGUGGAAGAACUGUUGUCUCAGGCUCUCCUUUGGUGUAUUAUGCUGACUAUAACCGAGAGACCGGUUCUGUGGUCCAGAGUCCAAGAGAUGGAAGCCAAAUUCAGUUUCCUGGCGUUGAAGAUUAUGACAUGGAGUCGGUUAUGUUCCAUCAGAGGAACAGAAGCUCUGAGUUUAACGAAUCAAUGUGCUCUUGGACCAAUCGCUCAAGAAGUUCAAGAGGAAAGCCAAGGAAGAGACAAUCAUCAGGAGACGUGUGUUCAAACCAUCACAAGCACGGUUUCGCACAAGAUCCAUUCACUGAGCUAGUGGAGAACAGACAGCAGAUGCAGCGGUACAGUGAAAGCUAUUCGUCAUCAUCAAUAUAUGAUACCUCUGGUACUACUACUGGUACUCCAACGGAAGAUAUCUGUGAGAAACCGAAGUCAGAUUUGGACUCUGAGGCCAAAGUUAUGACAGGAGAGACUGAAACAGUCUCAAGAAAGGCAAGGAGCAAGUGUGUGUUGAGAUGGGGAUUGAGUUUCUUCUCUGUUGCAGUUGCAGGGUUUGCUAUGUGGGUGCAUCUGAAUGAUGAUAUGAUGAUGCCUCCUCACCUUGUUCCUACCUGAAGCCUAAGGGAUGAACAUAAAAAAAUCAGCUUAGAACUUAGAGCUUAGGUUCAAUUUGUACGUUCUCUUGUGUUCUUAUGUUUACUGUGUGGUGUGGAUCUUGUUCAAAUACUCGUUUGUUUUUUAUAUCAUCGAAAAUUUGUCACA